AUGGAACAAAGAAGACAAAAACUUAAGGAAUAAUAUGUUGCAAAGAGAAAAGCCAUUUCUGGCUUAAAAUUACCAGAAAAACAGAUAACCAGCAAUAGUAACUGUAAUAGAAAGGCAUCUGGAGACAGAAUCCAGAAGGUACAAAAAGCUCUGAAGCUUACUAGCACCAAAAUAGAUGAUAAAGAAAAUGCUAAUAGGCCUAUAUGGAGAAAAAUCAUUCCAACAGUAGAAAGAAAUGGCACUCCUUUAAAAUCUACCAAUUUAUUGACAAAUUCAACCACAGAUAUUGAGGCAUGUUAUCCUAAGAACUGUGAUCAAAUUAUACAAGUGCCAUCAAAUGAAGAUAACCCUAAAAUUCACAGUAUCUCACUUAGCCAAACCUUUCGCCUUCAAAGAAAUAAUAAUAAUUAUAUACACACACACACAAAUAUAUAUAUAUAUAUAUGCAUAUAUAUAUAUGAUGAAAAACAAUUCAUUGCAGAGAAAUUGAAGCAAGAUACUUCCUUGCUAAAGAAACCAGUCCUUGGUUCUUAUCAUGGUAGAGUUGUCCAAUCUAAAGUUAACUCAUUUCAAAAGCCAUCAACAGUUACAGAUGAAAGUUCUAUGACAAGUAAGAAAACUUCAAAUACUGUUCUUAAAGCAAGGCCUCAGUCUGUAAAUAGCAGCAACUUACCUGUGAAAGGUUGUCAAGUAACAUCUGUUAGUGUUUCCACUAAAUCCAAUAGCACUGCUACUUCUGAGAACAAAACAACUUUUCAGCAUUAUGGGAAAAAGCAAGUUGACUUUAUCCAGAACAAGGAGAAAGAAGCCAUUGUUAGAACCUCUGCCAAUGUUACUAUCCAAAGAAAGCCUAAUAAAAAGAUAGUACCUCUAUCAAAGCCAGUACUACCAAAUGUCAAGACAAACCUGAAUUCUGGUAAAAAAGAAAAUGAAGCUCAAUCAAAAUGUAAGACAUCUGGAGCUGCAGCCAUUCGUGUUUCUGAAGCCAAACCUGCUUCAUCUUUCAGUACCAAAUUCAGGGAGGAUUCCAAAAUUGUUGAUAAGAGAAGUUCACCUAUAACAGAAGAUACACCAAUCAGUACAGGAAGAACUGCCUUAACCAAAGAAUCAGCAGAAGAGAGAAGAGCUCAUCUAGUUGAAUGGCAAAAUAACAAAAGAAGAGUAAUUAAAAGAUCAUAAAAUGGUCUCUCUGUUCCACCUGUUCUACCUGCUCCACCUGCUUCACCUGCUCCACCCAAUGUGGAAUUACCAAAAGAAAAACCAGUUGAAUCUUUCUGGACCACCAUAGCAGAAGAAGAUGAGCAAAGAUUAUUCACUGAUAAAGUUAAUAAAAUAUUUUCUGAAUAUCUGAUUAAUAAGGGAUGUCCACAGAAAGAAGUACUUUUACCACUGAAAGACCUCAUUGUAAAAAUUCCAGAUGCCAAGAAACUUGUUAAAUAUUGGGGAUGCCUUGCACACCUUGAACCAAUUACAAGCCCUAUUGAAUAUAACAUAGCAAAAUAUGAAGAAGCCAUUCUUGCUGGGGCUCAGCCUAUGGAAGAAAUGCGACAUGCACAUGCAGAUAUUCUAACAAUGAAGAGUCAAGUGAAGAGUAAUGAUGAGGAGAAUGUUGAUGAGGUUUGUUCAGCUAAUGAAGAGGAAAAAUUAUGUGACGAAGUUAUAAAUCAGGAUAAAAUUGAUGUAGGUGGGACAUCAGCAGAGGAAAAUUCAGAAUCAAAAGAUAAAGAUAAAACAAGGAAUGUAAAACUACAGGUGUUUGAAAGAGAGCAAGAGGAUAAAGCAGAAGAUUCAACAAGUAUUUUAGGUACUCCUGAUAAGGAAACCAGUGUGUCUUAUGUCAUUAAAUAUAAUGUGUCAACUACUCCAUACUGGCAAAGUGUGAAAAACAAGAUGGAUUUUGAUGAAAAUAGUGCUUCAUUUAAGGACUUGAAGUUUCUGACACCAGUGAGGCAUUCUCGGCAUCUUCAGGAAAAGUUUUGUAAAUUACCAGAUAUGUUAAAAGACCAUUAUCCCUGCGUUUCUUCACUGGAACAGUUAGCAGAACUGGGAAGUGAAACCAGUACUUAUAUAUUCUAUCCAAAUACUGCAUUAUGUACAACUUCACUUGAAGAAGAAAUAAAACAAACAGAAAUGAAACUUUAA